GGAGGGAGCAAUUGAAUUUCAAACACAAACAACCGCACGAGCGCGCAGCACCGCGCCGCUGCAUCCGCGCCCGCCCCGUCCGAGCGGCGCGGGCGCACAGCCGUGGCCGCGCCGGAGCUGGGGCCGGGGGCCGCCAUCGAGGCGGGGGCCGCGCGAGGGCCGGAGCGCGGCGGCGCCGCCACCGCCGCGCGCGCAAACUUGGGCUCACGCUCGCCGGCGCGGCGCGGAGCCCGGGGCGCCCGGAGCCCCGCCAUGUCGCGCUCCAACCGGCAGAAGGAGUACAAGUGCGGGGACCUGGUGUUCGCCAAGAUGAAGGGCUACCCGCACUGGCCGGCCCGGAUUGACGAGAUGCCUGAGGCUGCCGUGAAAUCCACAGCCAACAAGUACCAAGUCUUUUUCUUCGGGACCCAUGAGACGGCAUUCCUGGGCCCCAAAGACCUCUUCCCGUACGAGGAGUCCAAGGAGAAGUUCGGCAAGCCCAACAAGAGGAAAGGCUUCAGCGAGGGGCUGUGGGAGAUCGAGAACAACCCCACUGUCAAGGCCUCGGGCUACCAGUCCACCCCGAAGAAGAGCUCAGUGGACGAGCCCGAGCCCGAAGCCACAGAGGGGGAUGGCGACAGGAAGGGGAGCGCCGAGGGCAGCAGUGACGAGGAAGGGAAGCUGGUCAUCGACGAGCCGGCCAAGGAGAAGAACGAGAAGGGGGCACUGAAGAGGAGAGCGGGGGACGCGCUGGAGGACUCCCCUAAACGUCCCAAGGAGGCAGAAGACCCCGAAGGGGAGGAGAAGGAGGUAGCCCCCUUGGAGGGCGAGAGGCCCCUCCCCGUGGAGGUGGAGAAGAACAGCACCCCCUCUGAGCCCAGCUCUGGCCGGGGUCCUCCUCAGGAGGAGGAGGAGGAGGAGGAGGAAGAGGAGGAGGAGGAGGAGGAAGAAGAGGCUGCCAAGGAAGAUGCUGAGGCGCCAGGCAUCAGAGAUCAUGAGAGCCUGUAGCCACCAAUGUUUCAAGAGGAGCCCCCGCCCCGUUCCUGCUGCUGUCUGGGUGCUACUGGGGAAACUGGCCAUGGCCUGCAAACUGGGAACCCCUCCCCCCCUCCCCCCUGCUGUCCGCUUCCAUUGAUGCUCCCCACUCCAAGCCCAGCCCCUGGAGAUGGACCUGGAUGGGGCAGGCCACCUGGCCCUCACCUCCAUGUUCCCAACACCCCUGUGAUCUGAGUCAGGGUUCUGUCUUCUGCUUCAUGGGCUGAGAUGAGACCGUUGUGUCCCUCCCUGCCUGGAGCUGUUUCUGAGGGAUCUGCUGGGGCCUGGACUGGCUGUUUCCACCUCCUGACACCUCCUCCAUCCCCACCCCCCCGCAGCAUUCUGGACCUCUGGGUUAGCUGGGAUCAGAGGUAGGAGUGGAAAGGAUGGAGAAUAAACAGCAGGGGCGGCUUCUGGGCCUCAGAGGGGCAAUCUUCAAAUUGGGGAGGGGGGUGGGCAGGAGGAUGGCAUCUUGCACUCCUGUCCCUUCCUCCCGUACCUAUUACCCCAGCUGCCUAGAUUCAGGGAAAGUGGGACAGCUUGUGGGGGAGGGGCUCCCUUCCAUGAAUCCUUGAUGAUUAACAACACUCUUCUUCCUUUUGCUGACCCCAGGAGUUCUGGGAGU